AAGUUCCAAUUCCCCUUACGGGGUCGCUGUGUGAAUUGUGAAUGCGGGUACGGUGCCACGUCGCUGCAAUGCUCAACGGAUGGACAAUGCAAGUGUGCUGGACAGGCCAGUGGCCGACGAUGUGAUCGAUGUGUGCUUGAUAACCACGUUCUUGAUCCGAAAUCAUUGCGCUGCCGGCUAACCAAUGGUCAGUGUCCGUCGCAGAUCGAGUUCGGAGUGCAGUGGCCCACAACAUCCAAAGGAUCAACAGCACGACAGUCCUGUCCGGGCACCCAGACGGGCUUGGCGACACGAACGUGCGAUGGAAUGGCACGAUGGCUUGAAGUAAACAAUUUCAACUGCACCAGACCGGAGUACGGUAUAAUGGUUUCAAAGGUGAGUUGUAGACACAAGCUGUCUGAGAAGAACGUGCAGAAGGUCACCUGCAUUCCAGUACGACGUGCUGAACUCUGGUGA